GACCCUUACGUAAUGUAGUUUUAAAGGUUGUGUACAUUUGUUGGGCUUCACGUCUCAGGAACACGAUGUGACAACUGUGUCAUUCACACAGUUUAUUGCUCUACCAACUUGGUCCCGAGAGGACACCGCUAAAGUGUGUCGCCGCAAUGAAUCCUUGACGCCUGUCUCCGCGUCCGUCAGUAUGAGUGGUGCCGCGCUGGCUGUGGUGGUGGUGGUGGUUUUCCUCCUGGCCCUCUACCUCCUGCAGCGCUAUGGGGAUUUGCGCAGGCAGCAGCGCAUGGUCCUCUUGGGGACGCUGCUGUCGUGGUACCUCUGCUUCCUCAUCGUCUUCAUCCUGCCGCUCGACGUCAGCACGACCAUCUACAAGCAGUGCAUUCUGGACAAUGCAAUCCACCCGACUUCCGUAACUCAAGAGAGACGCACUAAUCAGACAGACGACAACUCUGCUGUUAAUCCGACUGACAGUAUCUUAAAGGUGUGCGAGGAGCCGUGGAGUUACAUACCAGAUGCCAUCUUGCCGGUGUUCUGGAGGGUUGUAUACUGGACGUCCCAGUUUCUUACUUGGCUGCUGUUGCCUUUCAUGCAGUCGUAUGCACGGUCGGGAGCUUUCUCCAGAGUUGGGAAGAUUAAAACAGCGCUCAUUGAAAAUGCCAUUUAUUAUGGCACCUACCUCCUUAUUUUCAUCUCUCUGCUCGUCUACGUGGCCGCUCACCCACAGUGGAAAUUCACAUGGACAGAGCUCCAGACCAUCGGCAUCACAGCCGCCAACACCUGGGGCCUCUUCCUUCUGGUGCUUUUGCUCGGCUAUGGCUUGGUGGAGAUCCCGCGCUCCUAUUGGCUCGCGUCGUCACAUGGUUACCUGCUGGCCAAGACCUACUUCAAGGCAGCUAAAGUUGCUACUGAGAAGGUGGCGGCAGAGGAGAAUCUGGCAGAUGUUAUGGAGGAGGUGGCAGGAGUACAUGAAUCUGUCCGGUACAACCACUGCCUCAGGAAGUGUGUGGACACCAUCAUUACAAAGUGUCCCUCUGAGUAUAAAGAAGAGUUGGGAAGAACCGUGGAAAGCUCCGGUGGUGAGCAGAAUGUCCCUCCCACCAAAAGAGGCUUGAUUAAGCUGCAUAAAAAAGUCAUCUCUGCUGUGCAGAGUCACGGCCAGACUCAGGUUCAGUGGUCCAUCUUGUUAGAAGAGGCCUUUCAUCUAGAAGAUGUGGCUAAAAGCCAGAGCAGCCCGAUCCGACAGUUCAUCCACAGCUCCCCGUCAGAACGCCACGCCAGCUGGAUCCAUAGGUUCAUCUACACUCCCACUGUGGAGUGGUACUGGGAGUGUGUGCUCAGGCAGGGCUUCUACAGGCUCCUGGCGGUUCUCCUGUGUCUGCUCUCUGCAGCGGUUGUUUGGUCCGAGUGCACCUUCUUCACGACACACCCGGUCCUCUCCCUCUUCGCUGUCUUUGUUCAGAUGGCUGAAAAAAAGCACAACUACAUUUGCAUUGAGAUGGUGUGCUUCGUCAGUAUCCUCUUCCUGUGUGUCUGCGUCUACUCCACAGUGUUCAGGAUACGAGUCUUCAACUACUACUACCUGGUGCCACAUCACCAGACUGAUGCUUACAGCCUGCAGUUCAGCGGCAUGCUCUUUUGUCGUCUGACCCCUCCUUUGUGCCUUAACUUUCUGGGCCUGAUUCACAUGGACUCCGCCAUCUCGCACCAGGACAGAAUACAGACGUCCUACACCUCCAUCAUGGGCUCUAUGCGUGUGCUGUAUUUUAUAUCGGAUGGUUUCUACAUCUAUUAUCCUAUGCUGGUAUUGCUGCUCUGCUUUGCAACUUUUUACAGCCUGGGUUCUCGCUGUUUGAACCUCCUGGGCUUCCAUCAGUACAUCACUGACGACCACUUAACCGCUGACCUGGUGGACGAAGGCAGGGAACUCAUCAGAAGAGAAAGAAGGAAAAUACAGAAAGCUGAGGAUGGAGAAAACCGAAGAUGGGCCUGGAGGGAGCGGUAUGGCGUUCAUGGGGCCACUGGGAGAACAAGAGCCGGUUACACAGAGUUGAACGAUGACCAGAGCAGCCGUGUCACAGAGAUCCAGAGCAGUGCCGUCACAUUCACCAGACAAGACGGAGAGGAUGUGGAGCAGAAGAGAGGCUUACUGCGAGAUCAUUCCAGUGAUGAAGACUCACCAAACCGAAGACCCACAGGAGGGCGUUACCUUUCUCUGUCCCCUCCUCGGACAGGCAUCUUUGACGAUGUUUGAUACACUGGAGGCAUAGAAGAAGAGCGAAGAAAGGUCGUUCAAGCUGGAACUUAAAGAAAAACUAAGAAUGCACGUCUUCUUGAGGAGAGCCUGAAUGAAGAGGAUUAUACGGUAUCUCAGGAAAUAUAGAGGAAGAUACAAUCGAUUUAUAACUAGUAUUCACUGGAAGAGAGCAAUUGAUGUGAUUAACCUGUUUUUGAAGAGCCAACUCCUUUUUGAAUGUAUUUUUGAUAUUUUCUGUGAAGUUUCAAGUGUAGAUUUAUGGAUAAAGGAGAUAAAUGGCACAGUGACACAUCUGCAGUAAUUUAGGGAAAUCCACAUGAUUUAUGUGGAAAUGCGUUAUUGUCCGAGUAUUUCACAACACAGGUUAAUACAUUUUAUUUAUAAAAUAGUUGUGAAAACAAGAACAUGCUAACUGAUAUACUCAAUAUUUCAUGGUGUAGAGUUUGUGUUUGGGAAGAGAUGACUUGUUUAUGUAUAAUUUGUCAGUUAUUUUCUGUAAGGGUGUAUAUGUUUUGUAUUUUUGUAUACCAAGAUGAUGCAUUUAAACAUAGUAAUCUAACCCAUUUUCAAAAUGUUCAUAAGAUGAUGAAUGACUUAAUUAAAUAAAAGAAGUGCUGUCUUUUCAGACCUUCACUUUUUUUAUAUUAUAAGAGGUUGUGCAAAUGUCUCACGUUAUAUAAACUUCAAGGUUUGGUAAGAAUGAAUAAACAAAACAGUAUUUGAAUA